AAAUUUCAAAGUCUUUAUUGAGAUUGACAGGGACACAGCAAAAUGGGCAACUCCAUGUUCCUGGGGUUAUGGCUGUUAUGUUGCCAACUUCUAUUUGCAGCGGUCACGACUGAUUCCAGGACAAAUACAGUGGAUUUCACCACAGGUUUACCUCUGCUACUAGUGAAUGGAAAGAACAGGUGUGAGGGACGAGUUGAGAUUCUUUACCAAGGAUACUGGGGUACUGUUUGUGAUGACGACUGGGACACAAAAGAUGCUGACGUUGUCUGUAGGCAGCUGAACUGUGGCCAUGCAGUGUCAGCCCUAGGAGGUGCCUAUUUUGACCAAGGCUCAGGAAACAUUCUUCUGGAUGAUGUGAACUGCUCUGGGACAGAGUCCUACCUGUCCAAUUGCCCUCACCGAGGGUUCUAUAACCACAACUGUGGCCACGGUGAAGAUGCUGGAGUUAUUUGCUCUCUCUCGGUAACAAUUGAACCCACACCUCAUGGAACCACAGAAAUAACAUCCAAUGGAAAAAGAACAACAUAUCCAACCACUCCAUCACCUUUGCACACAUCAAUAUAUGGAACAGAUUCUAGUCUGUCUUUGUCACUGGUGAAUGGAAUGGACAGAUGCCAAGGGCGAGUUGAAGUGUUGUACCAAGGAUCCUGGGGCACUGUCUGUGAUGAUGACUGGGAUUUGAAUGAUGCCAACGUUGUCUGCAGACAGCUGGGUUGUGGAUAUGCUGUGUCUGCUCCAGGAAAUGCUCGAUUUGGUCAGGGCAGUGGCAGAAUUGUCAUGGACAAUGUGCGGUGUUCUGGAUAUGAAUCCUACCUGUGGAACUGCCCCCAUAAUGGGUGGCUCUCCCACAACUGUCAGCAUUCUGAAGAUGCCAGUGUCAUCUGCUCAGCCAGUACAACAAAUCUACCAACCAACAUUACCUCCAGACCAAAUUAUCCGACCCCAGUAGGAACAACAUUUCCAAGAACUGAUUUCACGACAGAGACAACAACAUCUGGACCAAAUUCUAGUUUGUCUUUGUCACUGGUGAAUGGAAUGGACAGAUGCCAAGGGCGAGUUGAAGUGUUGUACCAAGGAUCCUGGGGCACUGUCUGUGAUGAUGACUGGGAUUUGAAUGAUGCCAACGUUGUCUGCAGACAGCUGGGUUGUGGAUAUGCUGUGUCUGCUCCAGGAAAUGCUCGAUUUGGUCAGGGCAGUGGCAGAAUUGUCAUGGACAAUGUGCGGUGUUCUGGAUAUGAAUCCUACCUGUGGAACUGCCCCCAUAAUGGGUGGCUCUCCCACAACUGUCAGCAUUCUGAAGAUGCCAGUGUCAUCUGCUCAGCCAGUACAACAAAUCUACCAACCAACAUUACCUCCAGACCAAAUUAUCCGACCCCAGUAGGAACAACAUUUCCAAGAACUGAUUUCACGACAGAGACAACAACAUCUGGACCAAAUUCUAAUCUGUCUUUGACACUGGUGAAUGGAAUGGACAGAUGCCAAGGGCGAGUUGAAGUGUUGUACCAGGGAUCCUGGGGCACUGUCUGUGAUGAUGACUGGGAUUUGAAUGAUGCCAACGUUGUCUGCAGACAGCUGGGCUGUGGAUAUGCUGUGUCUGCUCCAGGAAAUGCUCGAUUUGGUCCGGGCAGUGGCAGAAUUGUCAUGGACAAUGUGCGGUGUUCUGGAUAUGAAUCCUACCUGUGGUACUGCCCCCAUAAUGGGUGGCUCUCCCACAACUGUCAGCAUUCUGAAGAUGCCAGUGUCAUCUGCUCAGCCAGUACAACAAAUCUACCAACCAACAUUCCCUCCAGACCAAAUUAUCCGACCCCAGUAGGAACAACAUUUCCAAGAACUGAUUUCACGACAGAGACAACAACAUCUGGACCAAAUUCUAAUCUGUCUUUGACACUGGUGAAUGGAAUGGACAGAUGCCAAGGGCGAGUUGAAGUGUUGUACCAGGGAUCCUGGGGCACUGUCUGUGAUGAUGACUGGGAUUUGAAUGAUGCCAACGUUGUCUGCAGACAGCUGGGCUGUGGAUAUGCUGUGUCUGCUCCAGGAAAUGCUCGAUUUGGUCAGGGCAAUGGCAGCAUUGUCCUGGACGAUGUGCGGUGUUCUGGAUAUGAAUCCUACCUGUGGUACUGCCCCCACAGGGGGUGGCUCUCCCACAACUGUCAGCAUUCUGAAGAUGCCAGUGUCAUCUGCUCAGCCAGUACAACAAAUCUACCAACCAACAUUCCCUCCAGACCAAAUUAUCCGACCCCAGUAGGAACAACAUUUCCAAGAACUGAUUUCACGACAGAGACAACAACAUCUGGACCAAAUUCUAAUCUGUCUUUGACACUGGUGAAUGGAAUGGACAGAUGCCAAGGGCGAGUUGAAGUGUUGUACCAGGGAUCCUGGGGCACUGUCUGUGAUGAUGACUGGGAUUUGAAUGAUGCCAACGUUGUCUGCAGACAGCUGGGCUGUGGAUAUGCUGUGUCUGCUCCAGGAAAUGCUCGAUUUGGUCAGGGCAAUGGCAGCAUUGUCCUGGACGAUGUGCGGUGUUCUGGAUAUGAAUCCUACCUGUGGAACUGCCCCCACAGGGGGUGGCUCUCCCACAACUGUCAGCAUUCUGAAGAUGCCAGUGUCAUCUGCUCAGCCAGUACAACAAAUCUACCAACCAACAUUACCUCCAGACCAAAUUAUCCGACCCCAGUAGGAACAACAUUUCCAAGAACUGAUUUCACGACAGAGACAACAACAUCUGGACCAAAUUCUAAUCUGUCUUUGACACUGGUGAAUGGAAUGGACAGAUGCCAAGGGCGAGUUGAAGUGUUGUACCAGGGAUCCUGGGGCACUGUCUGUGAUGAUGACUGGGAUUUGAAUGAUGCCAACGUUGUCUGCAGACAGCUGGGCUGUGGAUAUGCUGUGUCUGCUCCAGGAAAUGCUCGAUUUGGUCAGGGCAAUGGCAGCAUUGUCCUGGACGAUGUGCGGUGUUCUGGAUAUGAAUCCUACCUGUGGAACUGCCCCCACAGGGGGUGGCUCUCCCACAACUGUCAGCAUUCUGAAGAUGCCAGUGUCAUCUGCUCAGAAUCCACAACAGCAAUUCCAACAACCCCUGAUUGGUGGAAUCCAACAACCACAUAUGCGAGACCUCCUAGUUGUGGUGGCGUCAUUUUCAGUGACUCUGGAUCGUUUUCAACUCCUUCAUAUCCUUCCUUCUACCCAAACAAUAUCACUUGUGUCUGGGAGAUAGUAGUGAAUUAUACUUUCAGGAUAAAUCUGGGUUUCAAUAACUUACAGUUGGAGCCACACAACUCUUGUAUUCAUGAUUAUGUUGAAAUUUUUGAUGGAGGACUGAAUAGUUGGUUACUGGGAAAACUUUGCAACCAAACUCAGCAAAUAUUUACCUCUUCCUCCAACCGACUCACUGUUCGCUUUGUUAGUGAUAUCAGUGUUCAAAACAUUGGAUUUUCUGUUUGGUUUAACUCUUUUCCAAGAGAUGCAGCCUUGAGGCUGACAAACUCAACCAGGGACUGUGCUGGUCGCGUUGAAGUUUAUCAUAAUGGACAGUGGGGGACAGUUUGUGAUGACAACUGGGGCUUACAGGAUGCUCAGGUGGUCUGUCGACAGCUGGGAUGUGGAAUAGCUACUUUGGCUCCAGGAAAUGCCUACUUUGGUGCAGGUUCUGGACUCAUCACCUUGGAUGAUGUGCAGUGUAGAGGAAGUGAAUGGAAUCUCUGGCAGUGUAAAAAUAAUGGCUGGUUCUCCCAUAACUGUGGUCAUAAUGAAGAUGCUGGUGUCAUCUGCUCUGGUCCUUCUACAACUCCUGACUACUUCACAAGCCCACCAGUAACAUCACACUCUUGUGGAGAAUUCUUUUCCCAGGCCUCAGGAAGUUUUUCCAGCCCAAAUUAUCCUGGGUACUAUCCCAACAAUGCCAAGUGUGUCUGGGAUAUCGAAGUCUCAAACAACAAUGUUGUGACCAUAGUAUUUGAAGAUGUGCAGCUGGAAGGAGGCUGUAAUUAUGAUUAUAUUCAGGUCUAUGAUGGACCUUACCAGACAUCCCCAUUAAUUACACGAGUUUGUGAUAGAGGAAGAGGUUCCUUUACAUCAACAUCCAACUACAUGUCCAUUCGAUUCAUCACGGAUGGGAGUGUCACUAGAAAAGGAUUCUGGGCUCGGUUCUAUUCCACACCAUCCAAUGACAGCACUUCUUUAGUAUGCUUGCCAGAAGAAAUGAGAGCCACCAUCAGUAAAAGCUAUCUCCAGUCUAUGGGCUACAAUUCCUUGAAUUUUGGUGUGUAUAAUUCAUCCUGUUGGCCCAUGGAAAACUCAAGCUAUUUCAUAUUUGUUAUACCAUAUAAUGGCUGUGGGACAAUAAAAUCUAUAAAUAAUGAUACUAUCAACUACAGCAAUUUCCUCAUAUCAAAUCAAGCUACUGGACAAAAUAGGGUAAUCACAAGACAUAAAAAUCUGCACUUCCGCAUCAGCUGCAAAAUGCUCAGAAACAUCUGGGUGGAAUCUAUGUUUAUCACUAAUGAGACUGCUGAGAUCAAAGAGAUCCAAUAUGGCAAUUUCCACGUGGACAUGUCCUAUUACGCGUCCUCUUCUUUCUUCCCACCUGUGAAUAGUACACCCUAUAUUGUGCAAUUAAACCAGAAUUUGUACCUUCAAGCAGAAAUCCAGCACUACGAUUCCAACCUGGUAUUGUUUGUGGACACCUGCACAGCAUCGCCAAAUGCAAAUGAUUUUAAGACUCUGACUUAUGACUUAAUCAGGAAUGGGUGCCAUAAAGACAACACCUAUAUAACAUACUACUCACCAUUACCAAGACAAGUUCGUUUUGGAUUUAAAUCCUUUGCCUUCCUGGAAAAAUUCCCUUCUGUUUACCUGCAGUGUAAAUUGGUGGUGUGUCAGGCAUAUGAUUAUUCUUCGCGAUGCUACAGAGGUUGUAUAACAAGAUCCAAAAGAGACACAAGUUCCUAUCAGGAGAAAGUGGAUGUUGUUAUGGGACCCUUCCAACUCCAGAAAAAAGAAGCCAAAAAUUGAAAUCUGAUCAAGAUGGCUGGAUCAAGUAAAUCCCAGGAGGUUCUAACCUCUCAUCUCUGAUACUUUCUUCUUUGUGGUUGUGGUGUUUGCUGAUUUUGUAUUAAAGAAAAAGAAGUGUCUCUUAUGGAAAGACCUCUUUUCCAUAGGAUAUGAAGAUGCAUCUUUCUCCCUCUUUGGUACCAUCCCUUAAGUCAUGCAGUCCAAGAAAAGUCACACUCAGGAAAUCAACAUGAAGAAUAUGCCUUGUGGAUUGAGCUAUAAUUCAGUUUAGAUGGGCAUAAUUGAGUUGGAGAUUGGGGAGCACAGGGGUUGUGAGUUUUCCAUGUUCUUCAGUAGACUAGAUUUGUUAGAAAUAUUAAGCAUUUUAAAAAUGUUUUUUUUUUCCUCCAAAGUUAAGCAGCUGCCAGUAUAAAGAAAUUCUGUAUAAAAUUUUAUUUUAAAAGGUCAAUUAGAAGAGAGGCUUCUGCUACAUAGGAUUCAUAAUGUUUGGGUCUACAUUUGAAAAAAAACAUAUAUUAAAAAUGGAAAAUAAAUGUAGAUCCUCAAAUCAUGGUCUUAUUUUGAGAGAUUAAGGACUGAAUAAAAUAUCUUUGUUUAAGCAAAUCUUGGUAUUGCUGUUU